CGCUCAGUCGAAGUCUGUUUGCUCACGUUCAGUUGUUUUCCCCAAAGCGAAGUGCGCGGUUGGGUUUCAGCUUAGGUGUUGCUACUGCUCCACAAUUUAUAGAUCUUACAGAUCUGAGCAUUGGAUCUGCGAAGAUAGCCUGCACCAUGGGCAACACUCAAGUCCGACCGCUUGAGAACCGCCAUGUGCCCAAUCGGAGGAGCAGCAUUUUGUGGAACUUUCGGUACUCGAACACAGUGCGUCGCCGCGAAGACUUGGCCGUGAUGGUGCACAACUCCAGGAUGAGCAUCAGCGAUUGGCUGGACCUGCUGGAGCUGCAGCAGUACGAAGGAAACCUACAGGAGUUCAGCAUCGUGGACGACGUGGUGGACAUCACGGACAAGGAGCUAAAGCAAUGUGGCGUUCGAGGUGCCCAUCGCCAGCGGAUGGUCAACAGUUUGCUGGGUGUUCGUGCCAAGCGAAGGCAAUCCAUGAAUCUGGAGGCAAUGAGCAGUGCCCCGCGAGAAGUGCCGCGGCGCAAGAACUCCUGUCCAUUGGUUUAUCUGGGGGAGAAUCCCCAAGAUAUGGCGGGCAGCGGCGAUAGCGGACCCGGCGUGAUUACCACCAAGAGCGGCAAGGUUCUGAAGCAACUCACCUUCGAUGAGACUUCCACCAUCUACGAGGAACUGAGGCCGCGGUCCAAGUGCAACAGUCCCCAUUGGGCCACCGAAGACAGCAGGAUGGAGGGCUACGGGAGCAGCAACGCCACCACUCCGCUGGCCACCGCCCAGCCCAGUCCCAGCGAGCAACAGGAGGCCAUCGCCCUGAAGAAGGCGCUCGAGUGGGAGCUGAGCCUGGACGCCCGCGAGCUGCGCUCCCACGCCUGGUACCAUGGAGCACUGCCCCGCCAGCGGGCCGAGGAGAUCGUGCAGCGCGAGGGCGACUUCCUGGUCCGCGACUGCGCCUCCCAGCCGGACAACUAUGUGCUCAGCUGCCGGAGCAAGGCGGCCGUACUGCACUUCGUACUUAACAAGUUGGUGCUUCAACCGGAGACGGUUUACGAACGGGUGCAGUACCAGUUCGAAGAGGAUGCCUUCGAUACGGUGCCCGACCUAAUAACCUUCUACGUGGGAUCCGGCAAGCCCAUCUCCUCGGCCUCGGGAGCGCUCAUUCAGUAUCCCUGCAACCGCACCUAUCCGCUCUCCUUCUACGGCCACAAGAUCGUGGGCAACCAGCUUCACACGCAGAUGCUGGCCGGACUCCGAGGUCUGAGUCCUCUAAACUCGCCGAUGGGCAGCAAUGGGGCAGUGGGUGCAGGUGUGGCCGGUACCUUCCGCUUCGAACCGCAGCAGCAACAGCUCUCCCCAAUGGCUGGCUCACCGGCCAGUCCGCACUGCUCGCCACCGAGGGCACGUAGAGAGGUUCCUCCGCCGCCGCGGCUGCCCUGCAAGAAGCAACAGCGCUCCCAGAGCCUCACACCGGCCCAGGCCAUGUUGGUGAGCAACAUCAACAAGCUUCAGGAGCAGCAGCUGCACAUGCAGGAGCUCGAAAACGGCAACGCAAACGGAGUAACGCGCUUCCAGACGAUUGCCCGGUGCAAUCCGACCAGUGAGCAGCACCUGGAGAGCAAGUUCACCACCCACUCGCUGCCCAGGCCCAACACUUCUGCGGCGCAGGCUCUGCGCCAGCAUGCGGUGGCCAGAAUCUCGAGCCUGGCGAGGAACUGCAGCCUGGACUCGCCGUCGGACUCGCGGCCACCCAGUCCGCCGCCCAAGCCGCGCAAGGAGCCGAUGGCAGCGGUGCUGGCAUACCAGGCCAGUGGAUCUGACUCGGGGAACGGGUCCGGUGAUUCGGCUCUGGGGGAUGCAUGUGAGGCGAGCGUGCAGCGGGGUGUGAUAAUCAAGAAUCCCCGAUUCAUGACCACCUCUGUGUCCAAUGGGACGCUGAAGAGCUUCACAGAGUUCGACGUCCUGGCCGCUGAGGAAGAACUUUUCACCAUGGCCAUAGAAGAAGUUAAAACAGCAAGCAAGUUUGACUUUGAAAACUUUGUCACUUUGCUGCUGCCAUCCGUGGAGAACAAGCCACUGGACGGCGAUGCCCUCAACACCUUCAAGAUGAUGCUUCUAGAGACGGGCCCCAAGCUGCUGGCGGAGCACAUAACCCGCAUCGACAUUGCCCUGUUCUUGGAGGAGCCGUCAAACGAGGAGGACUACUAUCUAAGCAGUUCGGGUCUGGAGCUGCUAACACUGCCCCAUGGAAAGGUCUUUAGGGAGGACAUAAUAGAGCGGACGCAGUGCAUCAAGUUGAUGGUCGCCGUGACCAUACUCACCUGUCAAACGGAUCUGGACCGGGCUCAGCUGCUCAGUAAAUGGAUUCAGAUCGCCGUGGAAACCAAGACGGCCCUGGGAAAUCUGUUUGGAUUCUGCGCCAUCAUGUUGGGCCUAUGCAUGCAACAGAUCCAAAAGCUCGACCAGGCCUGGCACAUCCUGAGGCAACAGUACACGGACAGCGCCUUCACCUUCGAGGCCAAGCUACGACCCACGUUGAGCAUCAUGAACGAGGCCUCCAAUCCUCAGGCUCCCAACACAACCGUUCCUCACGUUCUGCUGUAUGCGCUGCUGAUCGAUCGGCCCGUCAUGGACAUCAUAAACCACUCGAACAUCGACGAUCGUCCGGCUCUAUACCACACCUGUAUUGCUCCUUGGGAAUCGAAGGCGGACGACUUUGGCAUGACCAUUAACUUCCAGCAUCUGGAUGCUUCGCGCGGCUUCCUCAAGAACUUGGAAUUGUAUCGGAAGAAUGCCAAGAUCAUCCUGGAGGACGCCAGCCCUCGGCUUGAUGAGCUUCUAGCAGAUGCCUUUCGAACCGAGUUCCAUGUGAAGUUCCUAUGGGGCAGUUCCGGAGCAACUGCAAAAGCCGAGGAUCGCCACAACAAGCUGGAAAAGGUGCUGACCCUGAUGGCCGACAAGUUCUGCAUGAUGGCCGAGCAGUAGUAAUCUGUGAAAUAAUAUGGACUCAAGUUUCUGGCUGAUAUCAAAAAAAAAUCUAACCUAAAGCGAACCUAUGCCAGAACCUCCUACUUACUAUCCACAAUGUCUCCAGACCCUCCGCAACUUUCAAUUUCGUGCUGUCUCUACCUCAGCCUGAGUAUAUAUCAUUUCAGCAGAAACACAAAAGCACUUUAUGUUACAGUUCAAAUACCGAUUAAUCCUUAGUUAAGUUAAAUUUAGAACUAUACGCGUAUUCAAAACGAUGGGGGAAUGACGCCCAACUAGUUAUCAUAUUUUUAUGGAAAACUCUUUAAGAGCAACCUCACUCUGACGUACUACCAAAGUUUUGUAUUUACUACCAAUCCCAUUAUUUAUUCUACGCCAACUUACUCUACUAUAGAAGAGACAAUAUACAUUAAUCAAAACAUCAUAAGCAAACAUACUCUCUCACAAAAUGAUAUAGGCAUAACAAUAUGAAUGCAUAAUUUUUGCAAUU